AUGUCCAAAGUCAAAUCAAGCUCGCGCUCCAAACGGCCUGAGUAUAUCGAAACGGAGACUGGCAACCGUAUUUCGCGUGUCGGCUUGAAUCUCGUCAAUACCCAGAGCAUCAUCCUGGGUGGCAAGACCAUCAUCCAGUCGCACUGCACUAUCAGAGGGGAUCUACAACGCACACCUUCUGCGAAACUAGCUGUGACGAUUGGUCGAUACUGUCUGCUUUCCAAGGGGUGUACAUUGAAGCCUCCUAGCAAGCAAGUCAAGGGCGAACUUCAGUACUGGCCCCUCAAGCUAGGCGACUAUGUCCAUAUCGGUGAGGAAACGACGAUUGAAGCCGCAAACAUCGGCAGCUACGUGCACAUUGGCAAGCGUUGCCAGAUCGGCAACUUCUGUAUCAUCAAGGACGGCGUCUGGAUAGAGGAUGAAACAGUGCUUCCUCCAUUCAGUGUCAUUGCGUCACUGUCUUUUGUGAAAGGCCAACCUGGACUGGUCACGGAGGAAUUGCCCGAAAGCACGCUCGACGUCCUCGAAGCUCAAGCGAGGACCUUUUACGAGACUUGUAAGAAGAAGUAA